AUGAAUUCAUUCACAGUGUUUGGUCCUGCUCUGCUGCUGUGGUCCUGUCACUGUCAGACAAGUUUGCCCAAUGUGACAGAAGAUUUUGAAGCAACUGACUAUUACUCCACUGAACCUGAUUAUACUCAAUUUGAGACGGUAUGUGGGAAAGACCUCAACCGAAGCUUUCGCGCAAGGUUUAUUCCUACAAUCUACAGCCUCAUCUGCCUCCUGGCUCUCAUGGGAAACUUCCUAGUCAUCCUCACCUAUAUCCAUUUCAACCGGAUUAAGACAAUGACCGAUAUCUUUCUGCUGAACCUGGCUGUAGCCGACCUGCUCUUUGCGCUCUCUCUGCCCUUCUGGGCCACAAGCAUAAUGACCAAAUGGCCUCUAGGGGAGCUGUUGUGUAAAGCCAUGUAUGGCAUCUACAAGAUAACCUUCUUCAGUGGUAUGUUCCUGCUCACCUGCAUCAGCGUGGACAGGUACUUUUCUAUCACCAAAGCUGUAUCCGCCCACCGCUGCCGCAAUAACGCUGCCUAUUAUGGACGUGUGUCUUCCCUGGUUACUUGGGGCUUGGCUGUGUUGUUUUCCCUGCCUGAGAUCAUCUACUCGAAUGUCAAUUCCAACAGCACCUGUGUGGCUUACAGUAAUGAGAACGAUUAUCUGCGCGUCUCCCUGUUGAUAAGCCAAAUGGUGCUUGGUUUUGUGAUGCCAGCGCUUGUCAUGAUGUUCUGUUACAGCGGCAUCAUCAGGACUCUCAUGCAGGCGAGGAACUUUGAGAGGAACAAAGCUCUAAAGGUUAUCUUCGCAGUGGUGGCUGUGUUUGUGAUCAGCCAACUGCCAUACAAUGUGGUGAUGGGACUAAGCACAAAUAACACCACCAGGUGUGAUUUUGACAAUAGCCUACUUUUUGCCAUGGAUGUCACCCAAGGCAUUGCCUUUCUGCGCUGUUGCGUGAACCCCUUCCUGUAUGCCUUUAUUGGGGUAAAAUUUCGCAAUGAUCUGCUAAAACUAAUGACUGCUUUGGGUUGUAGAAGCCACAGCCCAAUCUUAUACUCUGGAAAAAGAAAGUCUUCAGCCGGACUCACAGACACAGACACCACUUCAUUCUCCCCCUAAGAUUCAAAUGAAUUGUCCUUUACUCUGGCUUACAUUAUAUAUUUUAUCAUCUUUGUUGUGUCUUUAUGCAUUGUUUA